AUGGAUAACUCUUUAAUAAAAAUCAAGAAAUUUAAAUCGCAAUCAUUUACAAGUAUACUUGAUAUAUUCGCGCCAAGAUCAUUCAAAGAUGUGUAUCAGUUUUGUCCGCGAAAUAAUAAUAACAUUUCGGUUUUCCGAGCAUCGUGCAAUGACUGUUAUAAGGGAAAGUGUGAUGUACAGGAUCCCAUUCAGCUUAAUCACACAACAUACAUAACUAGUGAAAAUUAUCACGCCUUAAAUAAAAAUGGUAGCAAUAAAUCUGUUGGAAGAUCUACGAGUACUUUCUUUUACGAUUUGGACAAAAUUGUACAAAGACAUUCUUAUCAUUGUGUUACUAAUACCAAAGAUUUAAGUAAUAAAUCAAAUAGUAUAAUUUUGAAAUUUUCAAGUGGCAAACAAAACAAAAUUGGUUUUGAAACUAAAACAGAAGCUAUUGUACAAGAAUGUGCAGCACAGAUUCAACCAAGAUUACAAAUGAAAGAUAGCUUAAAAAUUAAUGAAAAGCAAAUUAAAAGAAAAUUUCCUAACAGACCGUACCUUUCGUCGGAGAUAUAUUUGAAUGAUAAUAAUAGUAAUACAAAAGGAAAUAAUUUUUAUGCUAUACAAGAAGAUGAACACCAGCAAAAAUGUUGGUCAUUUGCAAAAUAUAAAACUGAGUAUGCAUAUCCAAUAACCAAAGAAAAGAAAUGUAAAAAAAAAGAUCGUGGCAAGCGUAUUGAGGACCCUUGCCCUUGCCAAUUAUUUUCUUAUGCCUGUCCUUGCACAGAUAAAAAGUCUUUGACUGAACUAGCAAAAAGUAGUAAAGCUUUAACAGUUGCCGACCAAGUCACUAGUACUACAUAUUUUCUAAGAGAUGAAAGUAUGCAUAAUAAUGAACACAAAAUAAGGAACGUUAAAAAUACAUUUGAUUAUGAAAACAAAAUGAUAAGUGCCCAUCUCACCGACUUAAGCGAGAAAUGUGAAAUAAUAAUUGAAAAUUUAAAGCCUUCUAAUCAAACAAAUGAUACGCAAUAUAAACCAAGCGUCGUUGCUAACACAUGUACCAAAAAUAGCACAAAUAUUAAGAGCAAGCAUAAAAAAAAACUAAAGAGAAUUAUUUGUCCUCAUUGUAAAGAAAAACUGGAUAUUUUGAGUACUACGGAAGAUGAGUGUAGUAUAAAGUCUAAAAAUUCUCCACUUUCGAGAAAUAGUUGUCCUGAAUCACACCAAGAAAAUGAAUCUUACAAUAUUAUUAAAGAAGAGAAUACUGAUAUUUGUAACCACAAUCCGCCGUGCGAGUUGGUGCCAGUUUGCCAAAUACUACCCAACGAUAAUGGUUUUGUUAAUACGCAAUACGUCGAAAAUGUAACUGCUACAAAAUGUAACCAAAAGAUGAUAAGAGUAACAAAAGCUUGUAGGCACCAUCCACCCUGUACCGUUGUACCAUCAUGUCAAAGAAUAAAUGUACUUAAAAAUAAUUGCGAAUACAUUCCUCCAUGCUUGCAUCGUCCUCGUUGUGUCAACUUGCCCUUAUGUGUACCAUUCUCCAAAAAAAUUUAUAACGAUGAACUAUUACAAAAACAGGCCUUUGAUAAAGGCCGUGUAGAACAUACUAGCAAUCCACAUUAUAAGUACAUAGGCGAACAUCAGCAUGACUCUCUAAAUAAUAGAACGGAAAAGCAAUUACAUGGGACACAAAAUACUUGUGAGUACUUCAGUGAAUAUUCGCCAAGAUUUAUUUUAAACCCUAAAUUGCCCUGUGCAUCACCGACUCUUUCACCUUUUCAUGCGCCUACGCAAAUACCGUGCAAAUGUUGUAGAUCUAGUAAAUCCUGUCAAUAUGAUUGUUUAGAUUGUAAAUGUGACACAUUGGAAGAAAGCGCUUGUGUUAAAACGGUAGUUUACGUAAGGGACGUUGGAUGUCAAUUUAAAAAUAAUUAUUUAUAUCCAAUGAAUUCAUUGCUGUACCCCAAAGAUUCCAGUACUUCUUUAGAUUUAAAUAAAAACACAAGCAGGUUUUAUACAAAUUUCCAUACCCUGAGAUAUGAAGAUAAAUAUACAAAUCCAAUUUCUGGUGAAGAGUUAUCAAUGUCGACUUUUACAUCCUCUUUAGAAAUAGAUGACCAGUGUCCAUCGCACGGAAAACAGGCGUACAAAAAGCGCACCACAGGAUUCAAUGCAAACUCAAGGACUCCUUUCAUUACUGCUUUUGCAACUAAUACAGACCCGAUAUUCACCUAUGAACUAUCAUCUAUAUCUGAUGAAGUAAGACGGGCAAGUAGUAGAUCAGAUACAAAUAAAACUCGAACACGUCGGAACACAGGCUCUGUAAAUUCCCGUAGGAGUUUCUUAAAGGGGAAGUAUAAAAAUGUGUUCUCUGUGAGACGACGAAGAAAGUCCAGAGUUUGCCUUAACGUACUGCCUAGUUCUAGAAAGACGAAUAAUUAU